UCUUGAGUGUGGGUGUGUCGCUCUCUUCUCCCGCGGUGCCUGACACGAGGUCUUCCUGACGUGGGGGAAAAGUGAUCAUUAAUCUCUCGUGAAGUCUAAUGAGGGAGUAAUUAAGCAAGAAAAUUGAGGUUAUCUCUAGCUGUUUUGUAUUACGGAGAUCUGUGAGGAGGGGAGGAGUGUGUUGCAUUUGGUGUAUUAGUGUUAGUGAAGCUUGAAAAUUAAUUAAAUGUCCCCCGGAAUUGAGUGGCCUGUGUUUAGGUGUGAUAAAGGAGACGAUCUUUCCGUCGAGUAAUUGGCAAAAUUCGCGUCGAUAAUCCGGAGGCGACACAUGGAAGCCGCCCACACGACGAGCGCAGACGCCCCGACGCCCGCGAGCAAGCAGUGAACAAGCAAACAAAGACACGAUGCCGGAACAAGGGCACGACCCCCGGCCAUGACACGGCGCCGCUGACAUUGCCUUCCCGACGUCCGCCAGCCGAGAGGGCCGGUCGAGGGGCACAGGGGCCGGCGGCGGUGCCCGGUGCCACGCGAGUGCCAAGAGGCCCGAGUGAGGUGUGGGCGUGUGUUAUGGGCGUGGCAUGAAGGACGGGCGGCAUCCUCGCCGGGGGUCACGCCCCUGGAGUCGCUCUCUGGCCAUCCUGCUGCUGCUGUGCGUCGCCGCUGCCGCCCGCGCCUCAGACACGCCCGCGCCAGAGGAUGAGGGCGACUGUUGCAGCGUCGCCCCCUCGGGCUGCCGCGCCGCCUGCCACAAGGUGCCGCUCUGGAAGCUGGGCGGGGAGGAGAGAGAGGAGCAGAUAGCUUUCCUGCGCGCCGCUUGCCCCGCCCAUUUGCGCGUCGAUUCACCUGUGCUGUUCUCGUGGUCUCCAUGCCUAGUGUUCUUUUUGGUGUUCUUUGUUCUUUCCAUAGGCCCUGGGCUCGUGUCGCGCUCUCUGCAAGUUGACAAGACGGUUGCAAUGAGGGAGCACGUGACCGACCUCCCUUGCGGUUGCAGCGACCACUGGGUGCCCGUUUGCGCCGCCAAUGGACGUACCUUCCCCUCGGAGUGCCUCGCCAGAUGCGCGGGCGUGGAGGCCGGCCAGUGGGCGGAGGGCGAGUGCGGGGACCAGGACGUGUGUGGGCGGGCCAAGUGUAGGCGGGGCGAGCUGUGUGUCCCCGCCCCCGCCACGUGCCUAACUCCGCCCACCACGCUGUGUCCGCAGCAUAUAUGUGUGCCACUCGAGGCUGAGUGCCCGCCCGACGCCCUGGUGCCAGCCUGCGACGCCCGGGGCACCCAGCACCCGUCCCUGUGCCACCUCGUGCGCUCCGGGGCACAGCCGGCGCACCUCGGAAACUGCAGCUCCCGCUGCUCGAUGCAAGGAGAGGUGUGCGGGCGUGACGGGCGCACGUGGGCGUCGGAGUGCCAAGCGGCCGCCCACCUCGUGCCCGUCGACUACCCGGGACGUUGUCGAGGGGUGCGGGCGGGGGGGGGCCUCGGAUGCCCCUCCGUCGCGUGCCCAAGUCAGCCUCGGGAAGGGUGCGUGGGCGUGACGAGCUCGGGCUGGUGCUGCGGGCGCGUGUGCGGGGGCGGCGUGGCGUUGACGUGGGCGACGCGGGCGGUGGAGGUGGCGGCGGUGGCCCUGCCGUCGCGCCGCCCACUCACGGCGUCGGCGCUCGUGGCCGCCCUCGCCGCCCACGUGUCGGUGUCCGAGUGCGAGGUGCGCGGACACAUCACGCUCGAGGGGCACUUGCUGCUGCUCGUAACGCCCUCGGCCGCGCGCGGAGCCUUCGCCGCCCACGCCGACUCCUCCUCCUCGUCGGCGCCCCCCCCGCCGCCCCUCGUGGCGCGGGCGUGUGAGGUGGAGGCGGAGCGCAUCGCGGGCGCCGUCAUGAUGCGCUCGCCCCGCCUGCUGUCCGCCCUCCCCGCGGCCGCCCUCACCCUCGCCGCCCCCGCCCACACCAGCGCGGCGCCCCUCGCCCCGCGUCCGCCCUGCCCUCUCGCCCUCGCCCUGGCCGUCGCGGGGGCGUGGGCGGCGGCGAGGCUGGCCGUCCGCGUCUCCUGA